CUAUCAGAAAUUAGGUGAGUGAAAAUGGCGACAAUCGUAGAAAAAAGUGAGUUCCCUGUUCAAGGUUUAUUACCAAAAAAAGAAACGGGUGCUUAUUCAUUUUUGUCAAAAUACCCACAACAUGAUGGACGUGGAGUACUUAUUGCAAUCCUUGAUACAGGUGUUGAUCCUGGUGCUGCUGGGCUUCAGGUUACGACAGAUGGAAGGCCUAAAAUUGUUGACAUCAUUGAUACAACGGGUAGUGGAGAUGUAGUAACAUCCACAGUGGUUGAAGCGAAAGAUGGUGAAAUUACUGGCCUAACUGGACGCAAGUUAACGAUUCCAGCUAACUGGAAAAAUCCAUCUGGGAGUUAUCAUAUUGGUGUGCUAAAUGCAUAUAAACUAUAUCCAAAGGGCCUGAAGGAGCGCAUUCAGAAAGAGCGCCGACAGAAGCUAUGGGAACCUGGACACCGACAGGCCGUGACAGAAGUUAUGAGGAAGCAGGAUGUUUUUGAUGCUGCACAUACAACAGUCACUAAACAGGAAGAAAAGCUGGAAAAAGAUGACCUUUCUUGCUUACUGGAUCACCUGACCAGUUCAGAUAAGAAGUUCAGUGACCCUGGGCCAGUCUUUGAUUGCAUUGCAUUUCACGAUGGGAACACAUGGAAAGCUUGUGUAGACACAAGUGAAGUUGGAAACUUAGGUGCAUCAUCAUUACUAAGUUCAUUCAAAGAGAACCAGCAGUAUUCAACCUUCUCAAAUGCAGAUAUGUUAAAUUAUUCAGUGAAUAUAUAUGAAGAAGGAAAUAUGUUGUCUAUCGUAACCAACGCUUGUUCGCAUGGAACUCAUGUGGCAAGUAUUGCUGCUGCCCACUUUCCUGAUGAACCAGAUAAGAAUGGACUUGCCCCAGGAGCUCAGAUACUAGCCCUCAAAAUAGGUGACUCACGACUCGGUUCAAUGGAGACAGGGAGUGCUUUGGUUCGAGCCAUGAUUGAAGUAUCACGAGCAAAAGCUGACCUUGUUAAUUUUAGCUAUGGAGAAGCAUCUCAUAUCCCGAACUCUGGACGAGUUUGUGAAAUAAUCAAGGAAGCUGUCGAUAAGCAUAAUAUUAUUUUUGUUUCUUCUGCUGGAAAUAAUGGUCCAGCUCUUUCCACUGUUGGAUGCCCAGGUGGCACCACUAGUAAUAUAAUAGGUGUAGGUGCAUAUGUAUCACCAGAAAUGAUGAAGGCUGAGUAUUCAAUAUGGAAAACGCUGCCUGGGAUGCAGUAUACUUGGUCAUCACGAGGGCCGACGACUGAUGGUGCUUUAGGAGUGAGUAUAACGGCCCCUGGGGGCGCUAUAACAUCAGUUCCAAACUGGACACUACGUGGAAGUCAGCUAAUGAAUGGCACGUCUAUGUCGUCACCGAAUGCAUGCGGUAGUAUAGCAUUGAUCCUCUCAGGUCUGAAGACACUAGGUGUUCCUUACAGUCCACACAGUAUACGAAGGUCUCUUGAAAAUACUGCUUUGAAAAUAGAUAAGAUUGAGCCAUUCGCUUUAGGUCAAGGUAUGUUGCAGGUGGACAAGGCAUUUGAACAUGCACUCCACAAUGCCGAUGCCCCAGAACGUGAUAUUAGGUUUAAUAUAACAGUCAACGGUGGGCGUGGAAUUUAUAUACGGGAUGCAUUGCGACAGAAACAGCCUACUAGAUACCAGGUGUCCAUUGAACCUGUAUUUAAUGAGAAUACAGAUCCAAGGGAAAAAAUAGCAUUAGGACUACAUUUAUGUUUGACUACUGAAGCAUCAUGGGUAUCGACUCCCACCGUAUUAGAGAUGAUGAAUACAAUUCGUAGCUUUUCCGUUAUUGUAGAUCCUCAGGGACUUGCUCAUGGUCAUCAUUUUACUGAGAUUUUAGCCUUUGAUGUAACCGAUCCAGCAAGAGGGCCAUUGUUUCGUAUACCAAUAACAGUACUGGUUCCGGUAUCAAUUAGUGACACGGUCAACUAUGAAUGGACGUCUGACGUACUUAAUUUCCAGCCUGGUCAGAUUCAUAGAAGGUUCAUCACAGUCCCCAAAGGUGCAACAUGGGCAGAAUUAACUCUCACUUCUUUGGAUGAGAACCAGGCACGAUUCGUAAUACACACUGUUCAGCUUCAGAAAAAGAGUGCGUACCGUGUCAACGAGUUUUAUAAGUUUCUAAAUUUGAUGGAGAAUGCUGAGGUUUCAUAUGCUUUCUCAGUACAUGGCGAGAAAACAUUAGAAAUUGCUCUUGCAAAGUGGUGGGCUAAUCCUGGUGAUGUACGUGUGAAGUAUUGCGUUUCAUUCCACAGUUUGGAGCCAAGUGAGAAGUCAGUUUCAAUGCAUGCAGCAGGUGGUGUUAUGCGUUUGAAUGUGCAGUCCAACCUGAGGCAAGAGGAACUGUCCCCAGCUAUCUCAAUUAAGAACUGCGUUCAACCACUAAGGCCAUCUGAUGCCAAAAUCAAGCCACUUGGGUCCAGGGAUGUGUUAACUGAAGGCAGGCAGAUAUAUGAACUUCUCCUUACCUAUAAUUUUCAUCAGAGUAAGACGUCUGAGAUCACGCCAAACUGUCCUCUUCUUAGUGAUCUGCUUUACGAGUCUGAAUAUGAAAGUCAACUGUGGAUGCUGUUUGAUAGCAACAAGCAAUACAUGGGAUCUGGCGACGCUUACCCACAACAGUACACCCUCAAGCUUGAGAAAGGAGACUACACACUCCGACUCCAAGUCCGUCAUGAGAAGAAGGAAAUGUUAGAAAAAAUUAAGGAUAUGGUGAUGCUUAUUGAUCAGAAGCUGUCAACAAGCUUCACCAUUGACACCUUUCCGUCAAUCCUGUCUGCACUUAGUGGCAAGAACAAGUUUAACACUGUGAACCUGAUGGCAGGAAGCUCAGUGCCUAUCUUCAUUCCACCAAUUCCAGAUGAUAGAUUACCAAAAGGCGCUACAUUGGGCCAGAUUCUGACAGGUACAAUGACUUUAGCCAAGGGAGAUCUCGGAAAGAAGGUCAAGCGGAGGAAGGGCGUUCAAGCAGAUCAAGGGUCAGAGGGCAGAAGGAAUGUUGGUUUGAAAGCAGACAGCUAUCCAUUUAUGUAUGUAUUGACACAGACACCUCAUAAGCCAACCAACACUAAACCAGACAAAUCAAAGGACAAAAACAAAGAGGAGGAGUAUGCAGAUGCUGUCCGUGAUCUCAAGAUCUCUUGGAUUACAAAGCUUGAAGGAAACAAAAUAUUUGAAGGCCUAAUAGGUCAGCAUCCAGAUCAUAUACCUUUGUUUGUAGCCAGAAUGAAUAUGCUGGAAGCUGAUAAGGACAAAGCGAAGAUGCUUGACGAAAUAGUUGCUGCUGCUGACAAGGUGGUCAAUUUAAUUGACCAAUCAGCAUUAGUUUCUUAUUAUGCUAUGAAGAAUGAUACACGCUCAGAUGCUCAAGUCAUCAAGUCCGAUAUGGAUAAGAAGAAAGGGUACCUUAUCUCAGCUUUAUGCAUCAAAGGUAGUGCGAUAGCCGAUAUGAUCUUAGCCAAUCGGAAGGCAGGGAAUGGUGUCACAUCUUCUAACAGUUGCGAUAAACAGCAGGCUGUUAAUGAAAUUUUCAAUGAAGUACAGAAGUGGGCGGAUGCUGAAGAUAAGAAGGUUAUAGGAUUCACUCUUAAACAUGCAAUGGUUCAUGAAUAUUAUGGUAGGCAGCUAAAGCUACUCACUAAAUCUCAGGAUGAAAGCAGGGGCAGUAAGGAACAAGACAAGAGAUUUAUAGAGAUAUAUAAGCAGCUUGGCUGGCAUCACUUACAGCGAUACAUGGAGAAUGUAUUACCUGUCAAGUACCCACACGAUUACAUUCCAUUCUAAAUGCCUUUCAGAGUGACAACAAUAAUGUUACAAACUGGUGUCACAAAAAACAAGCCAAAAAUGCUGCAUGAUAAUGGAAAUCAUAAACAGGUUUUGUAAUGCCAGGUUUCACAUAAUCACUACAUACCAUUGAAAGCAAUUAUAUGGAAACGAUUGAUAUUGGUGAGUGCGUCAACUACUGACUAUUACAGGUCAAAACCCACCUUGAGGGGGUUGUUCAUACACUUCUUAUAUGUUUGUACACAGGCUAUUGCUUAUUCACAAAAAAGUACAUUGUUUGACCAAAACUAGAAUAUUUCUUUUAGUUUUAUCUUUUAACUUAUUUUAAAAUUACUUUUCACUUACAAAGAACAAAUAUAUUUGAUAUUCAGAGACUUUUUAUCAAAAGCGGUAUCAUCGCACAAGACAAUCAAGUUUGAUAAUCGUUAAACAGAUGGAAUUAGGGAAUUUGGCGGAAGAUUCGUAAGUCAUUUGUCAGUUGUAAUUCGCCGCCGACAAUUCUUACUAGUCGAACCUUGUUUCAUAAAGGAAAAUUGAUAGAAGCCCUUGACCACACCCAAGGUACAAAAUAAUAUCAUUGAAUUUAAAAUAAAACUGAAAUAUUCAUUUAAAAUGUCAUCCUAUCUAAUAAAAAAAAAAUGUUGGAAAAAUCCUGGAAUGGGGUACAUGGAUGCUAUAUGUAAAAAUAUCUAUUAAAAGAUCAACACACAAUGAUCAACUAACAUUCAAAUUAGGUCUGGCAUAUUUCCAAUUAAUUUUGAAAUUUUGUUACGCCAAAAAAAACAAAAAAACAUUCAUGAUAUGUUGUUUAAUAUACUUCUAUAGUAUUCAAAGAAUUGAGUAAGAUGAUUGAAGAACAGCCCUAUGGUAUUUGUUUUAUUGGCAUUUUAAAAUAUCAUAUUUGUGUAGAAGUGGUGUAGAAAUUAAAGUGUAUAUAUUGUAUGCAGGCAUUGAAAAUUAGGUGUACACAGUUGAUACCAUUAUUGAAUGCAAUUGAACUGCUUUUUGAUUGUGUGCAAGAAACAAGAAAAUUGAAAAAAAAAAAAACAACAAAUGGUAAUUAUUAAUGUAUAAAAUUGAAUCUCAGGGGUCUUGGAAAAUAUGUAUUAUAUAUAUACCUGUCUCUGUAGGACCAAUUUUAUACAGUUUAUAGAACAAGCAAAGUCACAUAAUUAAUUAAGAAUAGGUUGAUGUAUUUUUUAAAUUAUUCAAACUCUGUGUGUGUGACAUAAUAGGACUGGAAAAACAGGAAGCUUGUCUCACACUGCCAUUGUUAGUGGUAACAUCACCAGAUCUAGGACCCAUUGCGUGUGGGUCAUUGCAUUAGGUAUUGAAUCGAUAUGUUUACCCAGCUUUACGGUUUCCGGUUUUUGUGUGUGUGACAUAAUAGGACUGGAAAAACAGGAAGUUUGUCUCACACUGCCAUUGUUAGUGGUAACACCACCAGAUCUAGGACCCAUUGCGUGCGAGUCAUUGCAUUCGGUAUUGAAUUGAUAUGUUUAUCCUGCUUUACGGUUUCCGGUUUUUGUUCACUUUCACAUUAACAGGAGGGUUCUGCCAUGAUUCGUAAUAAUGCCUUAUUUUUGAGAUUUGUUUCUUAGGGGCAUCCUCAUUCUAUUGAUGUAAUCUAUUAUGAAUUGAUCAAAUACCUCCAAAAAAUGUUUAGAAAUAUGACAUUAUUAUGAGAGUUAUGCAUUAUAUCCAUUCACGUCCACCAAAGCAAAAAAGUAUGGAAGAGUGCAUUAUAUCCACCAAGCAUUGAAUCAAUCACAGAAGACAAUUAUGCAUAUUUAAUUACUUUCCUAGUUGUUGGAAAAGCAUAAUACCAAGUUUGUAUUUGGUCAGGGUAAAAUUAUUAAAAGAAGAACGCAUUGAAUAAGUUGCAAUAUGACUGUAAUAUUGAAUAUUAUAAAAGAAUUCAACAAACUUAACACGCAUACAUAUUAAACUUAUACUGUAUACUGUAGGCUUUACUUAGAAUAUUUAAGUCAAUGCUUAGAAUUCGGAAGUAACAUCUAUGCUAAAUUUACACUUAACAUUAUUUUUACUAUUUAAUUGAGUGCACUUCCUUAUAAUUUAAGGAAAUGCAAAUUUAUAUGGGCCUGAAGAGGUGUGUUUAGAAGUUGGGUAUUUUUUUGUUUAUUAAAAUAAACGGUGGGUAUUCUUCACAGUGAAUUUAAAUAAACUGAUCAUUUAUAUUGUAUAAACUUGCUAUACAAUAAUGUUGUUUGUUCUUUCUGUAGUGGUUACUGAUAGUAUCAAAUAUACAUUUUACAGUGUACCAUACUUACUAUUUUAAGGGCAAUACAAAUUUAGUAAAUCAGAUCAGACAGUUGUUUCAGUCUUUUAUGAGUGUGAAAGAAAUAAUGUUGACAAAUAAUAUAUAGAAAAACCAUUAAAA